GCGCGCCCGGAGGAAGCAAGGCAGGAGAAAGGAAGCUUGAAGUCAAGAUGGAGACUGCUAGUUGCUCCGCCGCCGCGCCAAACGGGGCUGUGGGGUCGCAGCGGGACCGGAGCCUGGUGCCUGAGCGGCUUCAGAGACGGGAACAAGAGCGGCAACUGGAGGUGGAAAGGCGGAAGCAAAAGCGCCAGAACCAGGAGGUGGAGGAGGAGAAGAGCGACUUUUUCACUGCCGCCUUCUCUCGCGAGCGAGCGGCCGUGGAAGAGCUUCUGGAGGGCGGAGAAUCCAUGGAGCAGGUGGAGGAGGCGGCCGCUCGGCUCCAGGGCCUGCAGAAACUUCUCAACGACUCGGUUUUGUUCCUGGCCGCCUACGACCUGCGGCAGGGACAGGAGGCGCUGACGCAGCUCCAGGCGACGCUGGCCGUGCGGCGCCAGGAGCUGCAGCCCAAGAAGCGUUUCGCUUUCAAGACCCGGAGGAAGGAUGCUGCUUCGGCCGCCAAAGUAGACUCCGCUCCUGGAGCCCUGGCUGCGAAAGACAACCUGGCCUCCCCGCAGCCCUUGAAGGAGGAGGGAGGCAUCGGCUCCAGCUGGGUCUUCGGCUUCUCCAACGUGGAGUCCCAGGUCCUGGAGAAGAGGGCAGAGGAGCUGCACCAGCGCGACGUCCUUUUGACCGAACUGAGCAAAUGCACAGUCAGACUGUAUGGCAAUCCCAACACCCUGCGGCUGGCCAAAGCCCGAAGUUGCACGGUGCUCUGCGGCCCGGUGUCCACGUCCGUGUUCCUGGAGGACUGCAGUGAUUGCGUGCUGGCCGUGGCCUGCCAGCAGCUGCGCGUACACACUACGAGAGACACCCGCAUCUUCUUGCAGGUGACCAGCAGGGCCAUCGUGGAAGACUGUAGCGGGAUCCAGUUCGCCCCUUAUACCUGGAGCUACCCGGGGAUCGACAAGGACUUCGAGGGCUCUGGUUUAGAUCGGAGCAAAAAUAACUGGAAUGACGUCGACGAUUUCAACUGGCUGGCCCGGGACGUGGCCUCCCCAAACUGGAGUCUUCUUCCUGAAGAAGAGCGAAUGAUCCAGUGGGACUAAGCAGUUGUCACUAUAGUCUUCACUCCUACCAAAUACUUCCCGUGUGGGACCGACUGCUGCUAAUGGGACCUCAAAGUUUACUUUUCGUUGUCGCACUUUGUAUGUGUUCUGUAUUUUAAGGCUUGAGACUGUGUUAGGCUCCUACUUGAUUUCCAUUAAAUUCACAACAGGUCAGACCCUUUGAAGCAUUUUUGCUGUGUUGCUGAUGUGUAGUAGCUUUGAUUGACAAUGACAUUUUGUAAAAGGCGAAAGAUUUAUGCGAUCUGAAGAGAAACCAGAGUAUGACAGUGACAUUUUGAAACAGUAUGGGGUAAAGAGUAUCCGUGUGUGUUGGUUAUUAAUGAUUUGUGGUAUUUAAAACUUACUGCAUGAUAAAAUAGGCCCUCAAUAAAUAUUUAAUAAAUGAAUUUAGUAGGGCUCUCCUAGGAGCCAGUUAGUGUGGAAGUACGUUACCAAACCUAGUGAUUGAGAGGUCUUGAAUUGAAGGUCUCACUUCCAUAGGUAUUACUCAGCAGGGCGUGGGAAGACUCUGGUCUUCGGGGACACAUUAGCUUGGGCUUCUGGAAUCCAGCCACUCAUCAAUCGACUUGUUUGGAUCGAAAGUUUUGGCAUCCACCCUGGGAGACUCAUGAGUCUUACCAACUGUAAAACCAAAAUAAUUAUAACUACCAGUUUUUCUUUUGUGCACUUAAAAGGUUGUAGACAUGUUUUAAGCACCUUACUCAUGCAAACAUGACUUUAAUGGACUUUAAGUCCAUUUAAGUUAGCACCAUUUUUCAAGGGAGGUAGGUGAGCUGCCAGAGUCACACGGCUCAAGGGGACUGGGAUUUGAAACCAGGUAGUCUGGCUCCAGAGCCCACCUUCGCAACCACUAGAACAUACUGAUUUUGAAUAGUGUUAGCUGAGUUGGAAAGAGAGCUUCCAAAGUCAUUAAAGAGGGCAAAUUGCUUUUCUUAAAUUCUCAGGAAUAAAUGUUACAUAUCUUCACACAGAAACAUCUAGCUGAGUCUUCGACUCAGGUUUUGCUUUAAUUAUAUACUUUUACAGAUUUGGCUUUCUGCUUUAUGGUAUCACCCAUUAUUUUUUUAUGGAAAGUUCUAAGAGUUUCAAAAAGCUUUUUGGGGUCUGGUGCCUUGUAACUGUAGACAUGAUUUUAAUAAUGCCCACAAGUAUUAAAGUGCUUGUAGUACCUUAA